AUUUUUUAGAGGCAAUCCCCAAUUUUUAGAGGAUGUUUAUUACAUGAGUCUAUAAGUUCACGUUUCCAAGUUGGUAAACACAAACCAAGAGCCAACGGAAACGGGAGGAAAUCCUGUUCCAGGUUUUCGGGCAGCUGGUGUGAUUGACACAUGAUAUCACUGGGGGCGUGUCUUGGAGUGGAGGUGGAGGUGGCCGCGAGGAGCUGAAAUUCUGCGGAGCAGGAGUGGGAUCGCUCUGUAAGGCACACAGUGGUUUGCAGAGCGAUAGCAGCGGACCCAGCUCCCUGCCCCGGAUAAGGAACAGCUGCAGUCGCUGUACAUGAGCGUGAAAAGCAAUUUCCAAUCUUUGCAUUAGGCGUUUCGCCGUGGAACCGGAGGGGCGGAGGACUGGAAGUGAGCGCUGCCCAGGAGAGGCUGACCUGCGGGGACCGCGGCUCCCGGGACGCGGCGCCCACUGCCCAGCGUGCGGGAUCGGCGGAGCGCCUCGGCCUGCGCGGGGACCCGGACGACGUCCGCCCACCUCGCCCUGAGAAGGACCCCGAACUUCGCUCCUUUCGCCCCCCAGAGGCGGGUGGGAGCCCCUCCCCCACCRGCCUCGGCCCGCCGAGCCCGCGACGUGGAUCCACUCGUCCGGAGCCGCCCCGGCCUGCCUGCCCCGCGGGGAGCGGAGGGAGYCGCGCGGCGCCCGGCGCGCACGCCUCCCCGCCGCGCGCCAGCUCGCGUUCCCGAGGCUCGGAGAGCGCGAGCGAAGGGACUUCCUCAGCUGGUUCCCGGACGGGGCUGCAGGAGAGGAGCCCCAGGACUUCAGAUGCAUGCCAGGUUUCCGCUGACUGCUACAAUCCAAGGUCCCCACACAUGGAGCCCCCAAAUCAGCAUGGCAGUGGAAUUUCGUUAGUUGUGACCCAGCAGCCUUCUUUGGAUGGCCGUCAGAGGACAGACAAUGAGAGAGAGAUUCCGCCUGCUGCUAUUUUGUCCCUUGACCAGAUCAAGGCCAUCAGAGGCAGCAAUGAGUACACAGAAGGGCCUUCCGUGGUGAAGAGACCUGCUCCUCGGACAGCACCCAGACCAGAAAAGCAGGAGAGGACGCACGAAGUCAUACCAGUCAAUGUGAAUAGUGGCUACGACCAGAGACCCUCCAGCCACCUGGGCCCCKCGGGAUCCUCGAGCAGUGCCCGGGGCCCCCUUCUGAGCAGGUCCACCAGCACUGGCAGUGCAGCCAGCUCCGGCAGCAGCAGCAGCAGCAGCGCCUCCUCGGAGCAGGGGCUGUUGGGACGCUCCCCGCCAACCAGGCCUGGCCCUGCUCAGAGGUCCGAGAGGGCGGUGCGGACCCAGCCCAAACAACUGGCUGUGGAUGACCUGAAGGGUCCCUCAAAAGAGGGCCYGGCCCAGCACAAGUUCAUCUGCGAGCGGUGCCUGAAGUGCAAGUGCGGGGAGUGCACGGCGCCCCGGACCCUGCCCUCCUGCCUGGCCUGCAACCGGCAGUGCCUGUGCUCCGCCGAGAGCAUGGUGGAGUACGGGACCUGCAUGUGCCUGGUCAAGGGCCUCUUCUACCACUGCUCCAACGACGACGAGGGGGAUUCCUGCUCAGACCACCCGUGCUCCUGCUCACAGUCACACUGCUGCUCCAGGUACCUGUGCAUGGGAGCCAUGUCGCUGUUCCUGCCCUGCCUGCUCUGCUACCCUCCGGCCAAGGGGUGCCUGAAGCUCUGCCGGGGGUGUUACGACUGGGUGCACCGCCCGGGGUGCAGGUGCAAGCACUCCAACACUGUCUACUGUAGGCUGGACAGCUGCACCUCCCGGGCCCAGGGCAAGCCCUCCUGAUCURUGGAGGGGCUUGCACCUCCUGGACCUUGGCUCUCCAGCUGUGGCUGUAGAGGAAGAUCCUGUCGGAGGCUGAGCUUCUUUUCUUGGAGUUUUCCCUGCUUCCUGCCUUCUGCUCCCCAUCCCAAGGUCUGACUCCUGGAGUUUACGUUUCUGUGGUGGGUGAUCUUCAGUGAGAGGAGAGGGAGACUGCGCGGACUCCCACCGAUGGCCAGAGCCGAGGGCCGAGGGCUUCUGGGUAGCCUUUUUCUUCUACAAGUGGCCCUCCAGAGUGGUGCCCCACACACCCCCGGCUGCAGUGGCCCAGGCUGUCUUUGACUGGCUUCGGUGGGAGCCAGGAAAUUGGUUUGGAGGAGGCAGCUGUCAGGCUGCUUGAAGAAGCCCCGUCUGCAGUCUGUCUGCAGUUAGGGGCAUCGUCCUAGCAGGGGACCGUGAGUAGAAGGGAGGAGCCAGUUCUGCCAUGACGUGAAAGUUCCCUUGAACCACUGCCCCUCUGCUCCUUGGUUCCCUCCCUCGGUCGGGCGCUGCCUCACGGAGGUGUCUUGUGGCAGGUGUUUCCUCCUUUCUGUGGUUUUGGGUUUGCUCCACGGCUUGGAGAUCCUGUACCUGCCCCAUUCCUGCUGCUCCUUCGGGGUUGCUUCUUUUGGCCCCUUGGGUAGUUAGCAGCUGGAUGAUUCUAAUCUUUUCUGUGUUUUCAUUGCCUUAACCACAAACUGUGGUGCUUUUUGUAUAUUUUAUGUAUAAAUCACAAAGUUGAAUUCUGACUAUUUUUAAGACAAAAGUUUGUUAAACUUUUUUAUUGUAAAGAAUAUUUAUUAUGCGAAUCUCUAUUAUUUUAUGAUAUUUAUUGCAAAAGACUGUUGAAAUAUACUCCUGUCUGAAUAUAACAAAAUAUCAAUACUUAAUGGAAAAAAUAAAGAGACACGAAGAAAGUACAUAUGUUAACUACA